CAUUGACCCCGCCCCAGGUUGCUUAGGAGUUGAGAGACGCCGAAUCUUGGUGUGGGCUCCGGGCCGAACCAGUGCAGAGGGAAAUCUGAGGUCUGCGCUGCGAGGGCGGUCAUGGAGAACUUUGGCAGCUCCCGCCACGACUUGUGCAGCACUAGGGGAUACCAGUUUGAGAUUGGACCCCCCGACGUGCUGGAGCGCAAGGGCUCCCUGACCCUCCGCUCCCGUCACAAAAAAUACUCGAAUCCGGUGUUGGUGUAUUCCUGGCACCGCAACAGAGAAGCUUACCCCAAAGAUUAUGAUAUCGAGGCUCCUGAGAAAAUUAAAAAACUGUGUGACUCAACAUAUCGGAGACUUGGAACUGAUGAACCCCAAAUUUGGAUCUCAGAAACACAUGAACAAACGGCACGAGUUUUUUUAAACACAGAAUUGGCUCAAAUAAAAAGCCGUGCUUUAUUGAAUGAGGAAACAUGGUGCUCUGGGAUUGUUGAAAGGGACACUGGAUUGCCUGUGACAGGCUUUGGAGCUCUCUUUACUAGACACUCACCAGAUCGGCGCAAGAUGUGUACAUUGACGACAUAUGCUGAAUACUACACUCCACCAUGUAAUUAUCAGCUACUUUGGAGGACACUCAUGCUCAGCGAGCCUGAAAACUUCAUCAUGUCACCUGAUGGUGAACAGAAAAAACCCUCGGCUUCAGAGACCUAACUCAUUGCUCUUGGCCCAGUAUCAGGAUGCUGCCUCUUUAAACUUUUGACCUUUACUAUGCUUUUUUUUUUUUUUUUUACUAUGCAACCAUCUGGUAGGCUAUUGGAUUAGAACUCAGGAAACCUUGAAUUAACUAUAUAAAAGGUACAGCUUAGACAGAAAUCAAACUGGAAUCCUAAAGAGGAAUCAGGGGAGGAAGCACUGGCCUACGGAUCCAGACUUCUGGGCUCUCUUCUUACCUUCCUUACUAACUAGCUGUGUGACACUGGGCAUGUCACUCAGUCUUUCUAGUCCUUAAUUUUCUCAUCUACACAAUGACUGGGAGUGACUGGAUAAUUUUUAGGGGCCCUCCAGCUUGAAAUUCUACAAUCUUAACCUUGAAAGCCGGUGUGAGGCAGCACAUGUGCACGAUGAUUAGUGCUGAAGGUAUCAGCAAGUCUACCCGAAAGAGCUUACCUCUCAGGGGCUUUCCUGAAAUUGCAUUCUGAGGUAAGAAAUAAAGAGAAUAAACAAUUUCAUAUCACCCUCUUAUUUAUGUUUUUAAACAUACCGGGUAACAAAAUAAUAACCACGAGUCAUGGGGGGAAUUGAAUGAAAAGAAUGAGUCAUUGGCAAUAGGCCACUUGAUCAUCAUCUGUCAUGAUUGGCCUUUGAAUAAACCAGAAUAAAUGCUGGCCAUCUUCGGCACACCUUCCAGUAUUCACAGAACAGGCUUCUUCUAACCCACACUUUUAUGAAGAUUGUUUAUAGCUUUGUGCCUCUUGAAACUGUCUAUGUAGUUAAGCAAUUAGCAAUCAAACUUCACAUCACAUUGCAGCACAAGCCAAUCUGAAAUGCAGAAAUGCAAAUUGUAGGGAAUGAAAAUAGAUUUUAAGUUGUUUGCAUAUAAGUUGAUUUCCAUAAACAAUUAAAACUUAUCACAUUUGCAAUGAUUUUUUAGAGGUGCCAAAGUAAAUAAAGUAAUUAUAUUACCCAUUUGUGAACUUAGUAAAAGAACAGGUAAACUGUCAUUCUGAAUUUUAGAAGAGCCAAUUUGGGCUUUAAUGUAGCUGAAAACAGCAGAGUAAAUUAAAAAUAUAUGUAACUUUAAAACUUUGAAGUUAUCAUAGAAUGUAUAUCAGUAAGUAAGUUAAAACUCCUAUUAAAAAAUUGAAAUUGUGGAGAGGGAAACAGAAAAGAAAUUAAGAUUAACAAGAGAUUUGAACUUAAGGGUUCAUCUGCAUUAAAAC